AUGGAGAAGAUGACAGUGGUGAAGGACGACGUGGAAAUCGUGAAGGCUCACAUAGACAAGAGGGAGUACAGAAGAGUCGUGCUUCGCAACUCGCUUCAAGUGCUCCUCAUUAGCGAUCCCGUUGCCGAUAAGUGUGCUGCUUCCAUGAACGUUGGUGUUGGUUCCUUCAGUGAUCCUGCUGGCCUCGAAGGCCUCGCCCAUUUCCUCGGUAUUUCUGCGUUUUCCAGCUUUGACUCUAUUCUGUCGCGUAUAGGUUUCGAUUUGUAUAGGAUUUUGGUCGCUGUGUUACGGGAAAAUGAUGUAGACCUCAUAGAAUCACUGACCAAGUAA